ACAGCCCGUGUCCGGGGCUCCGGGCAUUCCAGGCGGCCGAUCCAAUUGUCUUGCCGCAACACCUGGGCAGCGGCAGACUCAACGCUCUGGUGUUUCCGCUUCCGGCGGCUUAGCCCCGGCUGAGGGAGAAAGAAAAAGAUACCCCUCUUUGACGGGGUUUCACUUGCGCCCAACCCCCCGGGCGUGACCCCGACCUGGUGGUUUUGUUUGAAAUAUGAGCUGAUAAUCCUUCAAAAUGGCAGCGCAGAGGCCACGGCAGAGACGCAUGCACUCGGAUUCUCCUCAACGACUCAUCAUAUUACCGGUACCCUCGCUAAAACAUGACAUCCAAAGAGGAGGACGCUUCGGCUGGCAAAGCACGUUCGGCCUCGCCCGUCGGAGGCGGCGCUGGCAGUCAAACACGAGAGACUUCGCUGUCCAGUGCGGGCUGGGCCCCCUUGGGCACGGUCUGGGCCAAAGCACGUUCGGCCUCGGCCAUCGGAGGCGGCGAUGGCAGUCAAACACAAGAGACUUUGCGGAGCAGGCUGGCCCGCAUCCCCUGUGACCCCUGGAACGUGGUCUAUGCCAGUCCGACAUGCCCCGCUGUGUGUUGCAAGUCCGGCGAGGGCUGGGUCCGAUUCCAUCUGGAUCUCGAGGGCUUUGUUUCCCUUGCGAGGUUCCGUUCCCGAAGUUGCCAUGGAUAUGGUGAGGCGCGGCCUUGCGGCCUGGGAUACGUUGCAUCCUACAGUCCGAGAGAGGAUGAGCCGUUGGUCUCCCCUCGCCAGGCAGCUCUGGGACUCGCCUUUCCCUGACCAUCAAGAGGCCAUGGUCCGGGCUUGGAUCUGGCAUUAUCUUGAUGACAACAUCUUCUCGUUCUCGGGGGACGCACAAGGCGACGAACUUGUCCCCUGCGCAUCUCCAGUUUGGGAGCAUGUUCGAGCGCUUCGUCGGGCCCUGGAUGGAUUGCGUACCGGCGAAAAGGAGUCAAUGUUCCCAGAAACACUAUGCCGCCAGUUCCAUAUGCUGAGGCGCCUCAUAGAAUCCCUAGUGGUGGACGGACUGGGGCUGAAGGAAUAUGUUACGGCCGCCGAUUUUAUUCCUCACUUCAAGAAGUCGCUCAGGCUCCUCGUCGACGACGGACAUGCCAAGAUUCCGGAUCGGGAUCACGACGUGAAUUGGGAUCUUAGGUGCGAGGACCCCGACGAUGAGGAGCAUGAAGUGUGCGACAUGAUCAAAGACAUGCUCUACCACGCGUUGGAGCUGAGGUUUUUUAUCCACGGCAUGAUUCCCAGCUACACGAUUAGGUUCAUUCCAAUUGGCAGCAAUAGUCUCUGGGGGUUUCCGGUCGACCGUGACUGGAUGAGUGUGGUAGGGACACCGGAAAUCUCUCAGCUCCCGCCCGGUGAGCGGCCUGUCCGUGUAGUGCAGCUUGUCAGCGAUCCGAUGCUGGUAAUCAGCGGCGAGGAUUGGGAAGGCUACGAGAAGGACUUCAAGCGCUGGCCCCAACAAAUAAUGCGAGUUUUCGCGCCAUGGUGUCGUGACGGAGAGGUUCUAGCAGAUUAUAUUGGCCGUGAGGACGAGGAGAAGCGUCUAUGGCCCAUCUUGGAGGAAAACGGGCAGGAGCGGAUGGUCAAGAGAUUGCAGGAAGAAGAGGAGCAGAUGGAGGAAGUCGAGCAGGAGAAGAGACCGAAAAGGGCCCAGGAGAUUGUUGGGCGGGUUACCAGGUCCAUGUCAGCAAAGGGUGCUGAAAGGGUGAAGAGACCGAAAAGGGCCCAAGAGAUUGUUGGGCGGGUCACCAGGUCCAUGUCGGCAAAGGGUGCUGAAAGGGUGAAGAGGACGGAGUAGAUCGGGUCCUUGGCGAUCACACCCGCUGCCCGGCUGUGGCAUACCGGUAGCGGUACAGGUGAACUGGUCGAGGUUGCUUCGCGUCAAAUCGUCGCUGAUAGUCCGUAGGGUGGCAACGGCGAGAGCGCAGCUAGGAUCAAGAGGCAAUGGCUCUCAACUGCUAGAAACGGGUAGCCCAGCCGGGCAACUGUUAAUGGAAGCGGCGGCGGCCAACCCCUGAGAGAUGGGGAGAGUGUGUGGGGCUUGUGUUGGUGAUAGCAUCAUUAUAUUGCAGACGAAGUAUUGGUAGGCCGUCAGGUACUGUAGGUUCGGUUGGAACCAGGUGAUUGCCUUAAUACAACAUUUACCAUGCGUAUG